ACAACCAUGCAGCCUCAUCCCAAUGGCCAGUGCAACCAGGAAACGGAAGGCUGCACUCUCAUUAGGGAAUUCUGCAGCUGGCUUGCGUGUAAAUAGUUCUAUUCCUUCACCAAAAGAGCCAUCUCUCCAAGCUGAGGACGAGGACGAGGAGGAAAAGAAAGAUCAGCAAAACGAUGCCAAUCUUUCCGGAGACGAUGAUGGCCAGACAGCAGACACCCCCAUCACUCCCUUUUCCCCAGGCCCGAAGAAGUUUCCAUCCGAAUUGAAAACUAUCAAAUGUACAUACGAAGGAUGUACCAAGACUUUCAACCGGCCAGCAAGACUGGCAUCCCAUCUGCGGUCACACACAAAUGAGAGGCCGUUCGUGUGCAGUUUUGAAGGCUGCGAUAAAUCUUACAUCGAAGAAAAGCAUCUGAAGCAACAUAUAAAGGGCUCCCACACUCAUGAACGAUCAUAUCAUUGCGAUUGGGAUGGAUGUACCAAGAGCUUUCUGACAGCAACACGACUUCGCAGACACAGGCAAGCUCAUGAGGGCCAUGAACGAUUCAGAUGUACCGCCUACCCGCCAUGCAACCAAACCUUCCGCAAACACCAGACCCUUCAGCGCCACAUCCGCUCAGAACAUCUGCAACUCGCACCGUUCCCAUGUACAUACAUUGAUCCUAUAACCCAGGAACCCUGCAAUGCAGGAUUCGAUGGUGCUGGUGGCCUACGGAAGCAUGAGGAUCGAGUCCAUGGCAUACUUCGUUUCUUCUGUCCCGAGUGUGUUAUCCCAGGUUCUCUUGCUCCAGAUGGAAGUGCUAUGAACGUCGGCUUCACUACGGAGGCACAACUGCAAGCCCACAUCAAGAAAGAACACGCAAAUUGCCCAUUCUGUGAGCGGAGAUGUGCCAGUCAACGAGAGCUUGAGAAGCAUAUCGAGACUCAGCAUUCAGGAACGACUCUCGCACAGCGUAAAAACAUUCCGUGUACGUAUCUUGGAUGUAACAAGACCUUCACCAAGAAAUCCAACCUCACUGUUCACAUUCGAACUGUACAUAACGGGGAGCGCUACAUCUGUGGUACUUUCGACGUCAGCAAAGUCCCUGAUCUGUCAUCCUGGACCGGUGGAGAUGCCUGCGGGAAAGAUUUCGUCUCAAAAGCCAACCUGGAGGACCAUGUCCGGACAGCCCAUCUAGGCCUCCCAAGCUUAAUAAACUCCAAGCGCAAGAAGUCUGUUUCUGUCUCGGAUGACGAAGACUUCAAUCCAGACGCGCCGCCAAAGAAGAGGGGGAGGAAAACAAAGCCAUCCGCCCUUGACGAUCUUAUCGGAGCUUCCUAUGCAGAGGAUGAGCGUAGAACCAUUCCUUGCACCGUGCCCGAUUGUCCCUAUAAAUUCAUGCGUGAAUAUGAUUUACAGGUCCACCUACGCUCCAAACAUUCUCUUCCAAACCCGAACCUAUCAACCGGGGAGGCCGUCCAAGGCUCUCUAGCUGAAUUCGGAUCGGGAGAACCACAACACGUGAACCAUCUUCAGCAAGACGGAAACGCAUUACAUGAUAUGUACGACGACCAAGCAUAUAAUAUCGACUGGGAUCUCCAGGGCCACGCCCUGGAGGACGGCCCCUUCUGGAUCGGUGCCGAUAACCACGGUGUCCCGGUUCAGGACCAGUGGAUGCAGGAUGAGAUGGAGAUGCGGCGAUUAGUUGACGAGGCAGACUAUGGGUUUUGGGAUAGUGGGAACGGAGGGGAACAAGACGUCUUGGGACCUUGAUGAUGAUUUUGUGAUUUGUCUGUUUAAGAAGGUCGACCAUGUUUACUAGUAGUCAUCCAUGUUUGGAAAAAAGAAGAGAGCAAGCAAGUGCUGCAUUUUGCUCGAGUCUGUAUACUAGCGGGAUACCCCUUGAAGCAAGAUAACUCGGAACUUCGUUUUAAAGACACAAUGCAAUGAGUCUGAUUAUGCAAGUAAGGGUG